AACAGUCUCCGUGGCCUGCAUCCGCCGAGAGUGACACAAAACAGUUUCUGCUUUCACUGCGCUGAUUUUCCUGAAAACGCUGCUCAGUUUCCAAGGAACAAAUAGAAAACAAGCAAUUAUUUGCGCAGGUUAAAAUUGGCUUUUUGGUGGGUUUUCUUUCUCUGGCUAGGAAACCGGGUAGUGUGUGCAUGCAUUAUAAUGUAUCUAGACGCAUCUUGUGCAGUUUUGGUCUUUGAUUCUUUUUUUUCUCAGCUUGAAAAUGAAAGAAAAUGAUUCAUAAUCUGAAAAAUUCUGGUGAUAGAUUCCCAUCUCGAGAUCCAUAUAUCUUUUCAAUCUCUUAUCUCUGUCGGAUUGUGAUGUUAAAAUCGUUAAAAUAUCUUCAAUUAACAAGAAACGUAGGACACUUAUCAAAAAUGUCAAGCUCAAACUUCUCACCACAGAAAAGUUCUUCUUCAAAUGAGCUCAGUCCUGAUACUAAGUCCUUUGAGACUCAAAUACUCAAAGUCAAUCCAAAUUCAAUAACGUUCAGUUCUCAUCAGCUAUUUCCCACAAUAUCAGACCCUCAGUCUUUGAAAAACCUUCAAUUAGCUGCACAUCUAAUCAAACACAAUAAAAUCGUCGGUUUCCCAACUGAAACUGUUUAUGGCCUUGGUGGUUCUUCCUUAUCUGAUUCAGCUGUAACAUCAAUCUAUAAAGCCAAAAACAGACCUGCCGAUAACCCACUAAUAACUCAUAUCUCCUCCAUCGAUCAGUUGAAAAGAUUGAUUUUAUCAAAAGAUAACCUUGAAAUACCUGACAUAUAUCUUCCAUUAAUACAGAAAUAUUGGCCUGGCCCUUUAACCAUCUUAUUGCCUGUGGGCCCAAACUCCCCCAUAUCUAAAUUGACCACAAAUGGCCUCUCUACUUUUGCUGUUAGAAUGCCCUCAAAUCCAAUUGCAAGAGCAUUGAUUGCUCUUUCUGACACUCCAAUUGCUGCUCCUUCUGCCAACUCCAGUACAAAACCUUCUCCAACGUUGGCCUCUCAUGUUUACCACGAUUUAAACAAUAAAAUACCUCUUAUAAUAGAUGGUGGUCCAUCAAAUAUCGGCCUAGAAAGUACUGUUAUCGAUGGACUAUCAACUCCCCCUGUUCUAUUAAGACCUGGUGGUUUGUCUGUUAAUCAAAUCAAAAAUAUUAAUGGUUUUGAAAAUUUAAUCAUAGCAAAACCAAAUGCUAACUCGAAGGAUCCUGUAAAAACACCUGGGAUGAAAUACAAACACUAUUCUCCUUCAGCAAAAGUAUCCCUAUUGUAUUUAAAUAAAAAUUCAAUAAACUUUUCUCAACCAAUCCAAUCUUUAUCAAACUAUUUAUCAAAUAAUUUAGCAAAUAAUUUUUCUACCAACUCUUCUAAUUUAGCUCUAAUUUAUCAAGAUAAUAUUCUCAACCCAAAUAAUUACUCAUCUUACUUCAAUCAAACUAAAGUCCUAGGUAAAGAUAUCAAUCAAAUGCAACAUAACUUAUUUGCUCUAUUCAGAGAACUAGACGAUAUUCCAAACAUAAACCAAAUCAUCGUAAUACUAGACUCUAAUAUCAAAAAUAACUUGGAAGCAAUGGCCUUACUAAAUAGAUUAAAUAAAGCUGCUUCAAUAAAAAUAGAUUUAUAAUAAUUUA